GCGCUUCAAAAUGAUCAUGAGCGAUGAAGUGCCUCAAAAAAGUAAAAAUCUGUGAGUGACCGGUCACAAAGAACUUUGGGCAUUGAGCGCUGUAUCAUGAGUUAACGCGCUCUCAUUGGCCGAUCCACUCGAGUGGCUUUGAAUAGUACUUUGAAAGCAACAAGGGGAAAGAGAGCAAAGAUUGACACCAGUCAAAGAAGUAGGUCUAUGCCUGGCCUGCUACAUGAAAGAAGAAAGCUCAAUGGAAUUCUACAUAAAAGAGGAAGAACUUUUGUUUUAUGAAGCUGAGACGGGUAAGAGUGAUAGAGAUCAAGAAUCACUACAGGAAGAUGUAAAACAGUCCUGCGUUGAUGAGAAAGGUUGGAUUGACAUGUUUGCUGAACCUGAGAUUGCCAGUUCAGCUCUUUCAUCAGAUCCACAGGCGAGUGAAACAGUGUUGAUUGCUGUUGGUCAGGAGUCUGUAUUGGAAGAUGAUGAGAGAAUUGGAGACACCUCGCAAGAGAGUAGUGAAAGGGAGUCUGUGCCACCUACACAAGAGAGGAACUCUGUUAGUUUUCAUGUUCUUAUCAAAGAAGAAAUUGAUUUUUGGCAGAAUGAGGAAGACGGAAGAUGCUUCGAUGGAGAAACAAGAGAAAGUGGAGAUGAUGAUCAUGGUGGAAACAAUAAAUCUUGUGAAUGUAAGGUGACAGAGCCUAGUACAGGGUCUGUAUGUUCUUAUUGUCAGAAGAAGCAUGAGAGGACCGACUCUGGUGGAAAACCCUCUCUUCAAUGUUUUUUCUGUGAUUGCUCAUUUUCUAUAGAGUGUCACCUUACCAGACAUCUCCAAUUUCAUGUUGGUAUGAAGACCUAUGACACUUUCCAUUGUUCCCUUUGUAAGAAGUCAUUUUUGUCCAAGUCUGACCUUGUAAAACACAAGACUAAAUGCACAGGGGAGAAGCCUUAUGAAUGUAUUCAUUGUACAAGUACAUUUGCUAAACAGACUGACCUUAAGGUACAUAUCAGAACACAUAACCAAGUAAAGAACAUUCUAACUGUACAAACACAAGAUCAAACAGAACAUUCUUAUGGCCAAAGCCAAUCUCAAUGUCCAUAUUGUAAAAGAGCUUUCAAAACAAAGUCCACCCUUGACUCACACAUAGGAACAAUGACCUUUGAAAAUUCUUAUUCAUGUUCUCAUUGUAGCAGUACAUUUCGAUCCAAGUGUAGUCUAACUCUUCACAACAGGACACAUAAAUAUCAAUGUUUUCUAUGUAACAAGAGGUUUGCAUCAUUGGAUGGGAGAAAUACACAUGUGAAAUGGCAUACAGGAGUAAAGCCUCAUCAUGAAUGUUCGUAUUGUAGCAAGAAAUUCUCUAAGAAAUGUCAUCUAGACGAGCAUGUUAGGAUACACACAGGGGAGAAACCUUAUCGGUGCUCGUACUGUGAAAAGGGAUUUCGUACUAAGGGUAAUUUUACAAAACAUUUGAAAAUUCACAAUGGAGGCAACAAUGAGGAAGGUUAGUGCUUUCUCUCUUGCAAGAAAACCAAGAACGUUCUUUUGAAAAGGUUUCUUGGUGAUCAGGUACAUGUUCAAAAGAGAAAAACUGUAACCAGUGCUUUUUUAUAAGUUAAGUUCUAACUUCUAUAGGUUUCCUUUUUGGUGUUAUCAUGUCUGAUAUUUAAAUUGUGCAUGCCGAAUAUCAUGCCACAUUAAUGUUUGUGUAAUGUCAGUCAUGUGAUUUUAGUGUUGGAGGAGUGAAAUUCAAAGUUUGAGUAGUCUUAAAGCCCCACUGUCCUACUUGUAGCUACUUGCUCCCUCUAUAUAGAAAACUUCCCCAAUCGGUGCCUGUUGGUCCCCAAUGAUCCUCUUUUUCU